GCUGGGGCGGAGUCUCAUUGCUGUUAUUUGGAAAAGCUUUUGAUGGAUGAUUGCUCUGUGCAGUUGUGUGUGUCGAGGGAGGGAGUCCCUCACCACUCCCUCCCCCUCCUCGCUCCCCCCUAGUGGCUGGCGUCUGUGUGCACAAUGACUCAAUGAGAGGAAGCCGAACAAGGAGAAGGAGGAAGAACGUCGGCACGGAGCAGUCAAACCCAAGCAGAGCACGUCCUCCAUCCUCGGUGUCUGGUUCUAGUUCUGGUUGUCCCACCUCACCUGGGCGGUCUGAGCUCAACUCCUUCCUUGUGCGUCCACUUCCUGGAGGAGGCAGCGCUCCUGCAUCUCUGAGCAGGAUGCCUGCUCGGACAAGCAGGAAUGCAAGGAGGUCAAUGGGAUGUGGGUGGGCGUCCCCCUCGCUGGUGGCGGUGGUGAUGGUGACGGUGACGGUGUUGGGGCGCCCGGGUGGCGCGCAAGCCUGCCCGCCUCCCUGCAGCUGCCUGGGGAACACGGUGGACUGCCACGGCCUCGGGAUCCACGCUGUGCCCAGAAACAUUCCCCGGGGAGCUGAAAGACUGGAUCUGAACGGGAACAAUCUGACCGUCAUCACCAAGUCUGACUUUUCCGGUCUCAAGCAUCUGCGAGUACUUCACCUGAUGGAGAACCAAAUCCGAGAGGUGGAGCGAGGAGCUUUGGAUGAGCUGAAGGAUCUGGAACGACUUCGCCUCAACAGGAAUCGUCUGAUGCAAAUUCCGGAGCUUCUGUUCCAGAAGAAUGAAGCUUUGUCACGACUUGACCUCAGCGAAAACUCCAUCCAGGCCAUUCCCAGGAGAGCCUUCAGAGGAGCUGCAGACCUCAAAAAUCUCCAGCUGGACAAGAAUCACAUCAGUUGCAUCGAGGAGGGAGCAUUCAGAGCACUGCGAUCUCUGGAAGUACUGACACUGAAUAACAACAACAUCAGCAGCAUUCCCGUCUCCAGUUUCAACAACAUGCCCAAACUUCGCACUUUUCGCCUUCACUCCAACUCUCUGCGCUGCGACUGUCACCUGGCCUGGUUAUCUCCGUGGCUGCGCCAGCGCCCCGCGUUAGGCCUUUACACCCAGUGCAGCGCCCCGCCCGCCCUCCGGGGCCUCAACCUGGCCGAGCUGCGCAAGAGCGACUUGGCCUGCUCAGGCCACGGCGGCAGCGCCUUCGUGCAGCCGUGCAGCCUGGCGUCGGGCUCGUGUCCGCCCAUGUGCUCGUGCAGCAACAACAUCGUGGACUGCCGGGGACGAGGCCUCACCGCUAUCCCCGCACACCUCCUCGAGGCCAUGACAGAGAUUCGUCUGGAGCAGAAUGGCAUCAAGUCGGUUCCUCCUGGUGCCUUCACCUCCUACAAGAAGCUUCGAAGAAUAGACCUGAGUAACAACCAAAUAUCAGAGAUUGCUCCGGAUGCUUUUCACGGCCUCAAAGGCCUCAACUCCUUAGUUUUGUACGGCAACAAGAUAACGGAACUUCCCGCCGGCGUGUUUGACGGCCUCGUCUCACUGGAGCUGCUGUUGCUGAACGCCAACAAGAUCCACUGCGUGCGAGUGUCGGCCUUCAAGGAUCUGGAGAACUUGGCGCUGCUGUCGUUGUACGACAACAAGAUCCAAAGUUUGGCCAAAGGAACCUUCAGCUCGCUGCACGGCAUCCAAACACUCCACCUGGCCCAGAACCCUUUCGUGUGCGACUGCCACGUCAAGUGGCUCGCCGACUUCCUCCGCGCCAAUCCCAUCGAGACCAGCGGGGCGCGCUGUGCCAGCCCGCGACGACUCGCCAACAAACGCAUCGCGCAGAUUAAAAGCAGCAAGUUCCGAUGCUCCGCCAAGGAACAAUACCACAUCCCAGGUGCCGAGGACCGCCGCCUGAGCUCCGGGUGCAACAGCAAGCCGGCGUGUCCUAGCAAGUGUCGCUGCGAGGCCAACGUGGUGGACUGCUCGAACCUGAGACUCACCAAAUUCCCCCAACACUUGCCGCCCGCCACCGAGGAACUGCGUCUCAACAACAACGACCUCUCCCUGCUGGAGGCCACAGGCGCCUUCAAGGGCCUGUCGCAGCUCAAGAAAAUAAACCUGAGCAACAACAAGAUCACCGAUAUCGAGGACGGCGCGUUCGAGGGCGCCGCUGCGGUGACCGAGCUCCACCUGACCGCCAACCACCUGGAGGCGGUGCGAGGGGGCAUGUUCAGAGGGAUGGAUGCCCUACGCAUGCUGAUGUUGAGGAACAACAAGAUCAGUUGCCUGCACAACGGCAGCUUCACGGGCCUAAGCAACGUUCGUCUGCUGUCGCUCUACGACAAUCAGCUGAGUGCCAUCCUGCCCGGAACCUUCGACGCGCUACCCAACCUCUCUACCUUGAACCUGCUGGCCAACCCUUUCAACUGCGACUGCCGUCUGGGCUGGUUGGGCUCCUGGCUAAGGAGUAGGCGCAUCGUGACGGGAAACCCGCGCUGCCAAGGUCCCGCUUUCCUACGCGAGAUCCCGCUGCAGGACGUGGCGGCGCCCGACUUCCGCUGCGAGGACGGUUCUCUUGCAGACUCCACCAGCUGCUCUUUGGGCCCGCAGUGUCCCAGUGGUUGCACGUGCAUGGACACAGUGGUGCGCUGCAGCAACAAGCAUUUGCAGGCUCUGCCCAGAGGACUUCCUCCAAACCUCACCGAACUAUAUCUGGAUGGGAACCAGUUCACACGAGUACCCAGCCAGCUCAGCAACCUCAGGAACCUGCAGCUCAUAGAUUUGAGCAACAACAAAAUCAGCUCGCUGUCCGACGACUCCUUCGCCAACAUGAGCCAACUCACCACCCUGAUCCUGAGUUACAAUUCUUUACGUUGUAUUCCAUCUCUGGCGCUGGGAGGCCUGAGAUCACUGAGGCUUCUAUCUCUGCACGGUAACGACAUCUCUGAGCUGCAACGUGGAAUCUUCAACGACGUCACAUCGCUCUCGCACCUCGCCAUCGGCUCCAACCCGUUGUACUGCGACUGCCGCCUGCUGUGGUUGUCCGAGUGGCUGAAGAGCGGCUACAAGGAGCCGGGCAUCGCGCGCUGCGGCGGACCGCCCGCCAUGGAGGGCAAACUCCUGCUCACCACGCCCCCCGAACACUUCCUGUGCCAGGGUACGGUUGAGGCCAGCGUGGUGGUCAAGUGCAACCCAUGCGCUUCGUCGCCUUGCCACAACCGAGGCCUCUGCCAACACUCGCCCUCGCCCUCGCAGCCGUACACCUGCACCUGCAACCGCGGAUUCAUGGGCCAACAUUGUGAAUCUCCAGUGGACGCAUGUGUCAGUAAUCCCUGCAUCAAUGGAGGAACUUGUCUCAGUGACGAGCAGACCGGCGGCUUCAGUUGUGCGUGUGCGUUGGGCUUCCACGGCGUCUACUGCGAGGUCAACGCCGAUGACUGCCAGGACCACGGCUGUGAGAGCGGCGCCACCUGCGUGGACGGCGUGGGCAACUACACUUGCCUGUGCCCCCCCGGACGAGACGGUCUCUUUUGCCAGGAAGAGCAGGACAUUUGCGUGCCGGCCAGGAACCCCUGCAAGCAUCAGGCCACCUGUGUCAGCACACCCACUGGACACAGGUGCGUGUGCAUCCCGGGUUGGGUCGGUCCGGACUGCAGCCUGGACUACGACGAGUGUGCGGACCACCGCUGUCAGAAUGCGGCGCAGUGCGUCGACCGCCUGGACGGAUACACUUGUGUGUGCCCGCACGGAUACACGGGCGAUUUUUGCGAGGUGUCGCCGCCUCCCGAGUUGCCCUGCCAGCCGGGGCGCUGCCAGAAUGGCGCCCUCUGUGUGGAAAAGGCGGGCGUGGCGCUGUGCCAGUGUCUGGUGGGCUUCGAGGGUCCCAGCUGCGAGAAGUUGGUCGCCGUCAAUUUUGUCAACAGAGACUCUUACGUUCAACUGCAUGACGUCAAGAACCUCCCCCAAGCCAACAUCACCAUGCAGGUGUCUACGGGGGAUGAAAACGGCAUUUUGCUUUUUAACGGAGAUAAGGAACCAAUCGCUGUGGAGCUUCAUCAAGGUCACGUCAGGGUCACCUACGACCCCGGGAACCAGCCCGCCACCGCCAUCUACAGCUCGGAGACGGUGAACGACGGUCUGUUCCACACGGUGGAGCUGCUGACCUUUGAGCGGACGCUCAACUUGUCGGUGGACGGAGGUCAGCCGGCCACGCUGGACGGACGUGGACGCCGCCAGGCCGCCACGACGGACGCGCCGCUCUAUGUGGGAGGCCUUCCUGAGGAGGUCGUACCAGCCUCCUUGUCUCUGUCCUCUCACGCCAUCAACACGUCGGGUUUCCACGGCUGCAUCCGGAACCUUUACAUCAACCACGAACUUCAGGACUUCACGCGCGGGCACAUGCAGGCGGGCGUGCUGCCAGGCUGCCGCGCCUGCCGCAAGCUCCUGUGCGCGCAUGGCCUCUGCCAGCCCGGAGGAGGCACCCGGGGAGUAGAGUGUGUGUGCCACUCGGGAUGGGCGGGGCCACACUGUGACCAGCCAAUCGCAGAAGGGCUUGACGGCGGAGGGGACGCGGUCGACGCCGCAGGAGUCGUGGCAGCGUUAGCUCCCCCAGGGUCAGCGUGUUCCGGCGUUCCCGUCCGCGAUUACCACCGCCUACAGCGGGGGGCGGUCUUCUGCCGGACCCCCAAGACCUUCGCCUGGGUGGAGUGCCAGGGCCGCUGCCAGCCAGAGGGAGGGGUCUCGCCGGGGGCCUCCGCCACCCCUUCCUGCUGCGCCCCCCUGAGGCUGCGCCGACGCCGAAUCAACUUCCUGUGCGACGAUGGAACCUCUUUGACGCAAGAUGUGGAGAAGCCAAUAGAGUGUGGAUGCAAGGUGUGUGUAUAAUACACACACACACACACACAUUGAUGAACAAACCGAUUUGGAUUUUUUUUCGACUUGAAAACAAGUCAACCUCGCGCCUCAAACUGUCUUUGAUGUUCACAGAAACAGGUAUGAUAGGUUUAUUGAAAACUUCAUUGUCUUUGAUGUUUACAAAAACAUGUCAGAUUCAUUGACGUCAUGAAAUUGUCAUUGAUGUUUGUAUUUUUGUUGAAAAACCAAAAUCAGCGUGUCACUCAAAGACACACAAUAACAUCUGUGUGUGUCUUUGCUGUUUUUUAAAGACAAACGCCUCCUCUGCGAUGUGAUUAGAGGAGUCAGCGUCACAUGAUCAAUAAAUGUAGCUUUAAAAAUAUUAUUUAUACCAAUGGGAUCUAUUAACUUUUUUGGAUUGUUUUGAUUUUGACUUUUGUGUACUCUAACAUAGCUUUUGUCAACUAUGAACACACGCAAACAAUAACAAGCUAACAGAUUGUAAAAUAAUAUAUAAGAUGUGCUCAUGGUAUUUUUAUAUACGUUGACUGUAUUUUAGUUUUCUUCUCUGGAUUAAUUUAUUGGAAUAAAGAGCAGCUGCUUCUUCA